GGAAAGUUUAAGCGACUCCAUUAGAGACUCAUGCCAGGUCUUAUCUGAAAUGUUGGAAUGAGGAGGCGUCAGGUUUCUAUACCCGUUAUCUCCGCAGCCCUCUACUUUGUUCUCUCCAGGUCUGUAACUAAGCAUCAUCGAGGUAAACAAAUGUACACUUCUUGAUAGCGACAUCCUCACCCAAACAGCGUUCAAAUCAUAAUGAAUAAAGAGAAAGAACAACCUGUCAAUAUUCAAUCGCCGCCACCACUAGGUCCACCUCCAGAUGGAGGCUGGGUGGCUUGGUCGGUGGUUGGCGGAGCUUUUUGCUGUCUGUUUACGAGCUUCGGUUGGAUUAACUGUAUCGGCAUUUUUCAGAAUUACUACAGUCUUCAUCAGCUUGCCCACUAUUCAAACAGUACGAUAGCAUGGAUUCCUUCACUGGAGAGCUUCAUGAUGUUUUUCGGAGGUAUUUUUGCCGGUCGAAUCUUCGAUAGCUACGGGCCUCGGUGGUUACUCCUGUUCGGCAGCUUUUUCCAUGUCUUUGGCUUAAUGAUGGUUUCCAUCUCGACCAAAUAUUAUCAAAUCAUUCUUGCUCAGGGGGUCUGUAGCCCAAUUGGCGCAUCCGCGAUUUUCUUCGUUGCAACUGCCUCCGUUUCCACCUGGUUCAAGGAGCGUCGAGCGUUCGCAUUGGGAAUCGUCUUUUCCGGUUCAAGUCUCGGAGGAGUUAUCUUUCCAAUUAUGGUCAACAAAUUAACCGUUGAAGUUGGCUUUGCCUGGACGAUGAGAAUUUGUGCCUUCCUUAUCCUCUUCCUGAUGGUCAUUGCCAACCUGACCCUCAAGUCUCGUCUUCACCACCAGCCUAAGAAGAUCAAUGUUCACCAAUUCAUUCAACCCCUCAAGGAAAUUCCUUUCCUCCUGGUCAUCACCUCAUCCUUUCUCUUCUUCUUGGGCGUGUUCUUGCCCUUUAAUUAUAUUGUCCAAAUGGCCGUUCGAAAUGGCAUGUCAGCUUCUUUGGCCAACUACCUUGUCUCAAUUAUCAGUACACUAAGUAUUCUCGGACGCACGAUCCCUGGUUAUUUAGCCGAUCGACUAGGCGUUUUUGUUGUCAUGAUUUCUGUCAGUUAUCUGUCUGCCAUUUUGUGCUCGGCAUUAUGGAUCCCUUCCCGAUCCAAUGCAUCCAUCAUUGUUUUCGCCGCUCUCUAUGGUUUCUCCUCUGGUGGCUUUGUCUCGUUGGGACCGGCUAUCGUUGCGCAGAUCUCCAAUUUGGAAGAAUUGGGCAUUCGGCUCGGAACAUACUUUGCUAUCAUCUCCAUCGCUGCCCUGAUCAGCAAUCCGAUCGGUGGUGCUUUGGUCCCUAAUCCUGCAACGGAUCCCUUCUGGAAAUUGCAGCUCUUUGCUAGUGUCAUGAUGGCUGCUGGAAGCACCGGUUAUGUCGUUGUCUGGAUUUAUCUCCGCCGUGUCAAGGCCAAGGAGAGAGUAGAGGAAGUCUAAAUCGUGAGGUUUCCCUGCUUUUCUCUGAGUUUUGGACAAAAGGUGUGAGAUGAGGAGCCAGCGCCUAUACUUGAUGUAUGAAAUGGAAAGUUUUUGAAACAAUAAGGACUGGAGAUGUAACAAGGUAAUCUAAAACUCCAUUCUAGGGAUUUAUGGUCAACAUACCAGGAAGAAUUCCGUAAGGGGUGGUCUGUGCCUACCACCGUAAUUAAUUUAAUUCUAUAAUUUAAUUUAUUAGUGAAUAGGCUAUAUAUUACAGAAGCUACCUUUAAAGUUAUAUGGAAGUAUUUAGAGAUCUUUUGAGAUAAUUUAAAAUAUAUUUCA